GUUGGACUCAUUGGGUGUUGUUUCCGUUCAAGAGUGAUGGUCUUUGUUCAUUUCGUCUUAUUAUAAAGUUGGCUAUCCCGAUGAUCUCAACGCUGUUCUGAAUCACGCUCGCUACGAAUUUCCAUUCCUCUUUCCAUCACUUGGCGCCUGUGUUUCCUCGGAGUUUUCUACUUUGCACUGCCGGCCAGUCUCGCAUUUUUGCAUUAUCUUCUCGUCGCAGCAUCGUUUGAUAAGCCUCUCUUGCCCAUCUUCCAAUUACUUUCACCAACCUUUCUGUUUUCAAGAGAUUUUUGCAAUCUCACACUUUCGUAACCCUUUUCGAGAUACACAUUCUUUCACCUCGUAACAACCGACAAUGGGCAAAUUCGGAAACGCUCUCAAGGCAGGCCAAAGUGCCGUUGAGCUCGGCCGCAACGUGCAGGGCUUCGCCGGCGCUGCCUCCGAGUUUCGUUCCGCGGAUAAGGCAGAAAUGGGUCGCCAAGCCGGGCGCGGUGUCUUCAACGAGGGAGCUGCAACAGGCAAGACGAUGGGGAAAACAUGGCUCAAGACAUUCGAAGUCGUUCCUCGCCUAGUCUGCCGUGGUCUCCAAUUUCUCUUCGCUCUCAUCGCCUGCGGCUUUUACGGCAACCGUGUCGACGAUGACCGCAAGGCAAACGAUGGAUUCUCGCCGGAGUGGAUCUUUGCCAUUGCCGUGGCAGGAGCUUCAGCUAUCACGGCUGUUCUUUUCGUCGCCGCCACCCCGCUCGGCGCCAUUCCCUACGUCGGCAGCAGAAUCAAGAUUUUCAAGACCUACCGAGCCUUUGCUUGGGAUUUUGUCCUUUUCGUUUCUUGGAUCGUGGCAUUCGGAAUUUUUGCAGCAAUUUUCCUCCACAGGGAGAGCGACAACUCGUACAAAGGCAGCAGGACAAGUGUGAUGAAGGUGGCAGUCUGGAUCGACUUGGUGAAUGCAAUUUUUUGGUUCAUUUCUGGUGUUUACGGUUGCAUCAAGACAUUUUUGGGAGACAAGACGGAUGCAAUGACCGACAAAAUUGGUCAAAAGCUUUUUGAAAAGAAGCAAGCCAAAGAAGUGCCUGUCAAGGAGGCAGGCUACGCGGAGAGCGUAUAAUACCAUAGGGAGUCUAGAAACAGACCACAGUAUGAAUUUUUUAUCAACCCUUCAAACUCGAAAGUAGAUCGUUCGUGAAGGGGUUGGUUUUCUACCUUAAUCAGGACUAAUAAAUAU